GUAUCACAAAGUCCCCACGUUCUAGCCCUGCUGCUUCAAUAAGCAGCCCUUCAUAGUUAAUCAUCAUGGCUCAUGCCUCACAGCCUUUUGCCCGCCGCUCUUGGUUCCUGCGUCCCCUAGUCUAGUCAUGCACGAACCCUGUCCGGCUUAUCCUUCGAUCUGCAUGCCCCCAUUUUUUGCCCUCGCCAUAUAUAAAUAACCCGAUGCCCUUGUUAUGUCGUCCCCUCUCCUUCUUCUUUUGUCCACCAUCAUACAGCCCUUGAAUGCGUCCUGUCAAGAUGCGUUCCCUUUUGAUUCCCAGCCUCAUUGGCAUCGCCAGUGCCGCCUGCCCUUACAUGACCGGUGAACUUCACUCGCGCGAUGCCACCAACGAUGCUGCCGCCGACACGGAAGACUUCCUCUCCCACUACUACCUCAACGACACCGACUCCUACCUCACCACUGAUGUCGGUGGUCCCAUCGCCGACCAAAACAGUUUGAGCGUUGGAGAGCGUGGUCCUACUCUGCUCGAGGACUUCAUCUUCCGUCAGAAGAUUCAGCGAUUUGACCAUGAGCGGGUCCCCGAACGUGCUGUCCACGCCCGUGGUACCGGUGCUCACGGUGUCUUCACCUCGUAUGGCGAUUUCUCCAACAUCACCGCCGCUUCCUUCCUCCGAGGCAAGGGCAAGGAGACCCCCAUGUUCGUUCGCUUUUCCACCGUCGCUGGUAGCCGCGGCAGUUCCGACCUGGCUCGCGAUGUUCACGGCUUCUCCACCCGUUUCUAUACCGAUGAGGGCAACUUUGACAUUGUCGGAAACAACAUCCCCGUCUUCUUCAUCCAGGAUGCCAUCCUCUUCCCCGACCUGAUCCACGCCGUCAAGCCCCGUGGCGACAACGAAAUCCCUCAAGCUGCUACUGCCCACGACUCCGCCUGGGACUUCUUCAGCCAGCAGCCCAGCUCCCUGCACACUCUCUUCUGGGCCAUGGCCGGACACGGUAUCCCCCGUUCCUUCAGACACGUCGAUGGAUUCGGUGUCCACACCUACCGUUUCGUGACCGACAAGGGAGCCACCAAGCUCGUCAAGUUCCACUGGAAAUCCCUGCAGGGUAAGGCCAGUUUGGUCUGGGAGGAGGCCCAGCAGGUCUCGGGCAAGAACCCAGACUUUAUCCGCCAGGAUCUGUUCGAGUCUAUCGAGGCCGGCCGUUUCCCCGAGUGGGAGCUCGGUGUCCAAAUCAUGGACGAAGAAGACCAGCUUCGCUUCGGCUUCGAUCUCCUCGAUCCCACCAAGAUUGUCCCCGAGGAAUUAGUCCCCAUCACCCCCUUGGGUAAGAUGCAGCUCAACCGUAACCCGCGCAACUACUUUGCCGAGACUGAACAAGUCAUGUUCCAACCCGGCCACAUCGUCCGCGGUGUCGACUUCACCGAUGACCCUCUGCUCCAGGGCCGUCUCUUCUCUUACCUCGACACCCAGUUGAACCGUCACGGCGGUCCCAACUUCGAGCAGCUCCCCAUUAACCAGCCCCGUGUGCCCAUCCACAACAACAACCGCGAUGGUGCCGGUCAGAUGUUCAUCCCCCUCAACCGCGACGCUUACACCCCUGGUCCCAACGCUGUCAACGAGGGCGCCCCCAAGCAGGCCAACCAGACCGCUGGCAAGGGCUUCUUCACCGCCCCUAACCGCCAGCCCAGCGGCAAGCUUCUGCGCACCGUCAGCCCCAGCUUCAAUGAUGUCUGGUCGCAGCCCCGUCUGUUCUACAACUCGCUCGUCCCCGCCGAGAAGCAGUUCCUUAUUGACGCCAUGCGUUUCGAGAACUCCAAUGUUAAGAGUUCUGUCGUCAAGAACAAUGUCAUCAUCCAGCUCAACCGCGUCGACAACGAUCUCGCCCGCCGCGUUGCUCGCGCUAUCGGCGUCGAGGAGCCCCACCCUGACCCUACUUACUACCACAACAACAAGACUAUCAACGUCGGUUCCUUUGGCGCCAAGCUCGCCAAGCUUGAUGGUCUCAAGAUCGGAUAUCUCGCAUCGGUCGACAACAAGACCUCCAUCAACGAUGCCACUUCUCUGCGCAACAGUCUCUCCAAGGAAGGUGUCGACGUCGUUGUCGUCGCUGAGCGCUUGGCUGACGGCGUUGACCAAACCUACUCCGGCUCCGACGCCAUCCAGUUCGAUGCCGUCAUCGUCGCCAGUGGCGCUGAGGGUCUCUUCUCCUACUCUACCUUCACCUCGCCUGCCAACUCCACCGCUGCCUCGACCCUUUUCCCUGCCGGUCGUCCUCAGCAGAUCCUUGUGGAUGGCUUCCGUUUCGGUAAGCCGAUCGGUGCACUAGGCGGUGCCGCCUCUGUUCUUACCCGUGCUGGCAUCUCUUCUUCCCGCACUGGUGUCUAUGUUGCCAAGUCUGUCGGUGAGUCCUUUAUCAACGGUGUCAAGGAGGGUCUCCAAACCUUCAAGUUCCUGGACCGUUUUGCUCUGGACCAAUAAGCUGCCUAAGGGGAAAUGUCUUUCUUUUGUUUCCCCAUCCUUUCUAGAUCUUGUUAAAGAUGACUAGUCAGGGUGUACUCAUGUUCAUGUUCAUGUUCAUGUAUUAUUUGAAAUCAAAAUUUAUAGGUCGUCGGCCUAUCAGUAUUAGCUUGCAUAUAACUCCUAAUGAAGUAUGAAAUAAUCAACACUUACCUUAAGAACCAU